UCCGUCGUCUCGAUCUCCUCCGCUCCGCUAUAUAAACCCCCGCGCUCACAUCCUCCCCACCCCACCGCCAUUACCACUCUCCAUCAACCACAUCCAUCUGCAGCUAGCUGCUCCCUUCUCCGUCACUCAUACUCUCGAUCAUGGGGAGCUUGGACACCAACCCGGCUGCGUACGCGGCGUUCGCCGCCGACGUCGAGGCCUUCCAGCCGCUCAACGCCGACGACGUCCGCUCGUACCUGCACAAGGCCGUCGAUUUCGUCUACGACUACUACAAGUCGGUCGAGUCGCUCCCGGUGCUCCCCGGCGUCGAGCCGGGCUACCUGCUGCGCCUGCUGCAGUCGGCGCCGCCCUCCUCGUCGGCGCCGUUCGAUAUCGCGAUGAAGGAGCUGAGGGAGGCCGUCGUUCCCGGGAUGACGCACUGGGCGAGCCCUAACUUCUUCGCGUUCUUCCCGGCCACGAAUAGUGCGGCGGCGAUCGCCGGGGAGCUCAUCGCGUCGGCGAUGAACACGGUCGGGUUCACGUGGCAGGCGGCGCCCGCGGCGACUGAGCUGGAGGUGCUCGCGCUGGACUGGCUCGCGCAGCUGCUAAGGUUGCCGGCCAGCUUCAUGAACCGCACCGCAGGUGGCCGUGGCACCGGCGGGGGCGUCAUACUCGGGACCACCAGCGAGGCCAUGCUCGUCACGCUCGUCUCAGCGCGUGACGCGGCGCUGCGCCGGAGCGGGUCCAAUGGCGUGGCCGGCCUGACGCGCCUCGCCGUGUACGCCGCCGACCAGACGCACUCCACGUUCUUCAAGGCGUGCCGCCUCGCCGGCUUCGACCCGGCCAACAUCCGGUCCAUCCCCACCGGAGCAGAGACGGACUACGCCCUCGACCCGGCGAAGCUGCUCGAGGUCAUGCAGGCCGACGCCGACGCCGGCCUCGUGCCCACCUACGUCUGCGCCACGGUCGGCACCACGUCGUCCAACGCCGUCGACCCGGUCGGCGCCGUGGCCGACGUCGCCGCGAGGUUCAACGCGUGGGUGCACGUCGACGCCGCAUACGCCGGCAGCGCGUGCAUCUGCCCGGAGUUCCGGCACCACCUCGACGGCGUGGAGCGCGUGGACUCCAUCAGCAUGAGCCCGCACAAGUGGCUGAUGACCUGCCUCGACUGCACCUGCCUCUACGUCCGCGACACCCACCGCCUCACCGGCUCCCUCGAGACCAACCCGGAGUACCUCAAGAACCACGCCAGCGACUCCGGCGAGGUCACCGACCUCAAGGACAUGCAGGUCGGCGUCGGCCGCCGCUUCCGCGGGCUCAAGCUCUGGAUGGUCAUGCGCACCUACGGCGCCGGCAAGCUGCAGGAGCACAUCCGCAGCGACGUCGCCAUGGCCAAGACGUUCGAGGACCUCGUCCGCGGCGACGACAGGUUCGAGGUCGUGGUCCCGAGAAACUUCGCCCUCGUCUGCUUCAGGGUCAGGCCGAGGAAACCCGACACGGCCGGCGAGGCGGAGGCCGAGAAGGCGAGCCGCGAGCUGAUGGAGCGCCUGAACAAGACCGGCAGGGCCUACCUGGCGCACACGGUGAUCGGAGGCAGGUUCGUGCUGCGUUUCGCGGUGGGGUCGUCGCUGCAGGAGGAGCGGCACGUGCGAAGCGCGUGGGAGCUCAUCAAGAAGACGACCACCGAGAUCGUCGCCGGCGCCGAGGAAGACAAGACGAGGAAGAAGGUGUAGAGUUAUUUGCCGUGUGUUGGAUUGAUUAUUUUUUGUUGGUGGAAGUUGUCAGUAAAAUAUUAAAUACGCCGACGGGAGGUACGUGUGGUAUAAAUACCGUAUACGUACGUACGCGUGGUAAUAAAGCCUCUCAUCGCUUUACGUC